UCUCAACGAUUCGAAUCUUCUUUCUCCUCCCAUUUAUCAGGCCCAGGUGGCUUUUCAGUUUACCACAUUCCUCAAUUUCUCCAACACCAAUCGCACCCUCACUCGCACUCGCACGCGACCUUGAUUGAGCUCGCAAAUGGCCGCCGCGAUCUUAGCUCGCAAAUCGCUUCACGCUCUUCGUGCUCGUCAGCUCGCUGUUUCUGCACAAGCAUUGCAGGGUUCGAACCACUAUGGACUGCGGUUCAAUGCUCACCCAUUCAGCACUAAAAAUGAUGAUGAGGAAUAUGAGAAACUUACAAAAGAGAUUUCAAAGGACUGGAAUACUGUUUUUGAGCGAAGCAUAAACACAUUGUUUCUCACUGAAAUGGUUCGGGGUCUGAUGCUGACACUCAAAUACUUCUUUGAGCCAAAAGUUACUAUUAAUUAUCCAUUUGAGAAGGGCCCCUUGAGCCCUCGUUUCCGUGGUGAACAUGCCCUCCGUCGAUACCCUACUGGAGAGGAACGUUGCAUUGCAUGCAAACUCUGCGAAGCAGUAUGUCCUGCACAAGCAAUCACAAUUGAGGCGGAGGAGCGAGAAGACGGUAGCCGGAGGACUACUAGGUAUGAUAUUGACAUGACAAAGUGCAUUUAUUGUGGAUUCUGCCAAGAGGCUUGCCCUGUUGAUGCUAUUGUUGAAGGACCCAACUUUGAGUAUGCAACAGAGACUCAUGAGGAACUUCUAUAUGACAAAGAGAAGCUUCUUGAGAAUGGGGACCGAUGGGAAUCUGAGAUUGCAGAGAACCUCAGAUCUGAAAGCCUAUAUCGCUGAAUGCUCCACCAAUUGUUUCUCUGUAGCUGGAUGCUUGCAUCUCUUUACUUUUUGACAAUGAGAAAAAUAAAUAGAUCUGUCUAUGGGUCUUGAAUUUGAUGUGUAUUCUUGGUUUUGUAUUUCGUUUUUGUUUUUUGGGAAUACAUUUUGAUGUGAUAAAAAGAAUUAUUAAACAUGCAAGGGAAACAGUUUCGUCCUGUAAAAUGACAUGUAUGAAAUCUUUCUUGAUGACGAGCAUGGAAAAGAAAAAGAGAAAAUGUGGAAAGUUUUUAGUGUAGC